AUGGAGUUUCACAACUCGGGCGGCUUUCCAAAGCGGCGUUCUUACCCCAACCUCCACCACAUCUCCCUAGCUCCACUUACUCCGCGAUUCCCCAUCGACGACGAUACAGAACCAACAGAUUAUUUCAACCAAAAUGGAAAUGAACAACCAGUCCUUGACACCAGAACUCCAACAAGAUCACCAUCUUACCUCUCUAGCAUCUCAGUCCCCAGCACCCCACCAAUCCUCUCCCACUCACGCAACACAUCACGAACCCGCCACCACAAUCGAAGCAGAAGCUCAGGUCUCGCUCCACUAAGCGACACAAACCUGCACAGCAAAACCAUCUCCCUCCCUCUGCACCACAGCCCAGGACCCAAGAAACGUCCCACCGACCACAACCACAACAAUUCCUCCAAAUCAGAUGCAGAAUGGAUGCUCCGCGCCGGUAUAGCAAUUGCCUCUUCCACCCGCGAAGAAAAGGGUCAAAGCUGGCUAUCCAAGCGCGAAAGCUCCACCAGCCUUGUAUCGGACUCAUUCGAUGAUCCCGCCGCUCCGCCCCAUCAUCGCCAUCACCACCGUACUCGAUCCGGUGCUUCGUCGCGGAUCCCACGCUCUGGCGCCUCAACGCCAGGUGCGCACUCGCGUCGUAGUUCGCGGUCGCGUGGAUCAAGUCGUCAUGGAAGUCGUGCUGGCCUAACUAUGACUACCAUCCCUCUCUCAUCGGGCAAGAUCCACAGCCCUACAACAGGGGCUAUGACGCCCGAGAUUCGGGGACGGAGUAGUGGGCUGGUUCCUGAUUUUGUGGAUGAGAGGAUCCGGGCUGAGAUGGCGUCUUUGCAGCAGGGGGAGCGGGAUCGGGAGUUCGAUGAGAAUGAUUUGGGAGAGGAGUGGGAUCGGGAAGAUGGGUUUGAUUCAGAGGAUGAGUUCUCUGAUGGGACGCAUGAGGAGUUUGAUGAGGCGGAUCUGCAGCGUCUCACGAGGGAGCGUGGGUUUGGGCUUGGAACUUGGAUUGAUCGGUUAGUUGAGUGGACGUUGUUCAGUGUGGAUGAGUUACCCGUUGUGCCUGUUUCUGCUGCUAGAAUUGGUGGCACUGCAACUACCACCACUGUUACGUUUGAUGAUCCUGCUCUAUCUCCCGAGGAGCGGUCUGAGCAGGGCCACGAUGCGUCGGCGUCGGAGGGAGAUCAUCAUUCUUUAUCUGAUGAUGUUGAUGCUUCCUCAUACACGGAUGGCGAAUCUGUCGUCGAUGUUGAGAAGCCUGGUUCCCAGGGUGGUUGGGAAGAUGCAAGUUGGCUGUUCCGAAUUAUGAAGCGUGCAUUAGUAUGA